AUGAGCGUAUACCUGGACGUGGCCGCGGGGUCCGUCGACGACCUGCUGCGGUACCUCCGGCGACACAAGCUUCGGUCCAGGGUCGACCUGCACGACCUGACGUCACACAAGGUGGUGGCUGCAGCGUGGCCCGGCGCCGGCGCCCCGCCCGCCGCGUGGGCCGCGUCCCUCCCGGGCGACCCGCGCGUCGCGGCGCUCGGCCGCCGCGGCAUCAUCGAAGCGGGCGCAGCCCCCGCGCCGGACGACGACGACAACGCCGCCGCGGAGCGCGUAUACAAGUACGUCAGGGCGCUGUGCGGCGUCGCGGAGGGGCCGGCCGAGAUACCCCCCGGGGAGGCAUUGCCUCUCGAGUUCAACAUGGACGGGAUGGCGGGGGUGUCGUACACGAAGGGGUGCUACGUCGGCCAGGAGCUCACGGCGCGCACGCAUUACACGGGCGUCGUGCGGAAGCGCGUCGUGCCGAUUGCACUGGACGGGGACGGUGCGGAGGUGGCCCCCGGCGCCAAGGUGUACGCGGAGGGCAGCAAGCGGGCCGCGGGGAAGAUCCUCGCGACGUGCGCGGCGCCGGCGGGCGCGGGCGGAGCGGUCGGGCUUGCGCUGCUGCGGCUGGCGGCGGUGCUGCCGGCGGACGCGCCGCCGCUGGUGGUGGAGGGGGGCGGGGUCGCGGUGCGCGCGACGCGGCCGGAGUGGUGGCCCGCGGAGUGGGGCCACGAGGAGGACGACGCGCAGCAGGCGGGGCAGGCGGUGUAG